AUGGCGUCUGAAGAGAAUAAGCAAAAGAGCGGCCCCACGCCCGCCGAGGAGGUCAAGGCCGCCCGCAAGGUGACUUUCUUUGGUCUGGGGAAGCCUUAUCACGACUACGGCUUCCCACCCGAAGCCUUCGACCACACGCGACUCCCUGAUGGCGACGUGGAUUUCCUCUCAGCCGAGGACCUCGAGGCAUUUGCACAGGCACUAGCUGCACCCGAUCCGAUCAACAACUCCAAUGAUGACGGCUCGUUGCUCAAGAGCCCGACCUUGGGCCGCAGUGGUAGCAGCGCCAGCCAGUUCGAACGCCAGCCCUCCCCGAGCCCGUCCUUGUCCCUGGCCGGCAGAGAAAAGAGUGCGACGGCCAAGAUCAGCGAUCGGAAUAGACACGGCAGCCAGGGCAGCCUGCUCAUAUCCGCCCAGAACGACUGGGCACCCGUGAACGAGAAAAUAGGGAAGCGGCGCCGAAAGAAGCGCAAGGCGCUUGGCCGCAGCGUCGACGAGGCGCGAGAGGGCUAUCUUUACACUCUGCUCCGCUGGCCUUUCCUCAUGGGCACCUUGGCGUGGAUCAUAGGCCUAGGCGCCGCGUAUCUGUGCACGAGGCUCUAUGUGUGGGGCUACGAGUACUUUAUCGCUUGGAGGGGAAAGAGAGAACAACUGCGUCGAAACAUGCGGGCUACGAGCAAUUAUAAGGAGUGGUCCGCCGCUGCCAAGGAGCUGGACAAGUACCUGGGCAACGACAAGUGGAAGCAGGAAAACGAGUAUGCUUAUUACGACUCGAAAACGGUUCGUCGCGUGUGGGAGCAAAUCAGGAAACUCAGACGUGAGGCCGAAGAGCAAGAGAAAGGCAACCUGUCGGAAAAGCAAAGGAACAGGGAAGGGAAACGUCCAAUAGAGGAGUUGACAACCCUGAUCGAAGCCAGUGUCAAGAGCAAUUUUGUGGGCGUUGAGAAUGCCAGGUUAUACAGCGAAACGUACUUUGGCACCAAGAACCUGGUGCAGAACUUUAUUGAAGAAGUCGAGAAGAGUACACGCCUGCUGGUUGAUUCAAACCAGCUGCCUCUUGAGCAGAAGCAGACUUUAUUCAAACAUCUGCAUGCCAACUACGGUCGCACAGCGCUAUGUCUUUCCGGUGGUGCCACAUUCGCAUAUUACCAUUUUGGAGUUGUGAAGGCGUUGCUAGAGGCAGACCUGCUGCCCGAAGUUAUAACUGGUACGAGUGGCGGUGCCUUGGUCGCGGCGCUCGUUGCCACACGCACAAACGAGGAGUUGAAGGAGCUUUUGGUCCCUGCAUUGGCACACAAGAUCAAAGCCUGCUCAGAACCAAUAGCCACAUGGGUCACCAGAUGGUGGAAGACUGGCGCCAGGUUUGACUCCAUGGACUGGGCGCGUCAGUGCGCCUGGUGGGCUCAUGGAUCAAUGACCUUCCGAGAAGCGUAUGAGCGGACAGGUCGCAUUCUGAAUGUCUCCUGCGUACCAGCCGACCCGCACUCCCCAACCAUUCUCUGUAAUUAUUUGACGAGUCCAGACUGUGUCAUCUGGUCAGCAGUAUUGGCCUCGGCUGCGGUUCCCGGCAUCCUCAACCCGGUAGUGCUGAUGAUGAAGAACAAAGAUGGAACUCUAAGCCCCUAUUCCUUUGGCCACAAAUGGAAAGAUGGCAGCCUACGGACUGAUAUUCCCAUCAAGGCACUGAACUUACACUUCAACGUCAACUUCACCAUUGUCAGCCAAGUAAACCCGCAUAUCUCGCUGUUCUUCUUCUCGUCGCGUGGCACUGUUGGCUCUCCCGUCACACAUCGAAAGGGACGAGGCUGGCGUGGUGGCUAUCUGGGUUCUGCUACUGAGCAGUACAUCAAGCUCGACCUCACAAAAUGGCUCAAAGUCCUCAAGCACCUCGAGCUCCUCCCGCGUCCCCUGGGCCAGGACUGGUCUCAGCUCUGGCUGCAGCAAUUUGGCGGAACUAUUACCAUCUGGCCAAAGUCCAAGCCGAGCGACGUACUCCGUAUCUUGUCGGAUCCGGACCCAGAUCGCCUGGCGAGGAUGAUCCACGAAGGGCAGCAGAGUGCCUUCCCGAAGUUGCAGUUCAUCGCCAACCGGCUCAAGGUCGAGCGGCAGAUCGAGAGGGGACGCCGGGAGAUGAUGAAUCUACGCAAGGGGAGCUUGGAGAACAUCAUCGAUGAAGAUGAUUUGCAGAGUCUGCUGCUGAGGGGAAAUAUGGUCACGGACGACGAAGGGACGGGCAGAAGUGAGGAUGACGACGAGGAAGAGGAAGAAGUCUACGAGAACGGUAACUACGAGGAUGCCGUGGAGAGCCCCGGCGAGUACAAGGACGAGUUGAUUGAGAGUCCUGGAGAGUCUCAGGACGACGAUGCGGAUGUGGUCGGCGAGGAGGAGAAAAAUUCCUAA